AGUUCUGUUAAAAAUGAGUUUAAAAAAAGAAAAAGAUCUGCAAAUGAUCUGCAGUUUGAAUUGGAAAAAUGAAAAACCCGAAGGUGCGCCAAGUUUGAUCGGUUUGUACGACAUUCCUGCUACAACUUUAAAUUGGGAAGUUUUCAAGUCCUACCUGCUAAAACAUUCUGGUACCACAGGGCAUGAUGUUCAGGUGUCAUACCUUGUAAAAAAAGAGGAAUAUCCAAUUAACUCACAGAGUGAUUUCCAAGUGGCCCUUUAUAUGUUUCGACGUAAAGCCCGUGCUGGGGAAACCAUAAAUUUUUUGCUAGAAAGGCAAUCUAACCAACCAACUCAUAAAAAUUUACGUCACUCUAAGGAUGUUGAAACUCAAUUCGAUAAUAAUGAUAAAUCUGCAUUCAUAACAACAUGUUGUAGAGCCGAAAGCCCCCCAGAAUGGUUCUUGCAAUGUUUGGCCCAGCUUAAAAAAGAAAUAACAGAGGAUGUGACAGCGAACGUUUCGGGUGUGGUUUCCACUGCACUGGCUGGAGUCAAGCCGCAAAUUGUCAACCCGCCCAACUGCUAUCAUCACUCCCGUAAGUCCAAGACUGAGAAGAGACUGCGAAAACUGAACCCUCAUUUGGUGGAUUCCAAUACCGACGCUAAAGAUCUAAUCAAGUCGCUGAAAUUGGACAACAAGCUGGAAAAGUUGGAGCGUAAAGCCACCAAAUAUAAGGAGAAACGGUUCGCCCUCUUUUCGGCAGCCAAAUCGAGUGAUAGCGAAGCGGGUCACUCGAGUAGCCGCAGCAGAUCCCACGAAAAAGAAGACAGCAGAAUGGGCGCUCAGCCGGUAAACGUCCAAGAGGUUGUGCCCCACAUGUUGGGAGGAGAAGUGUACCUGCACAAGUGGGAAGUUAUCAAUACCGGUGAAAUAGCUUGGUCUUCCAAAACUUACCUACAAUAUACAUGGGGUUCUCGCGCAUUGGAACCUCUAUCCAAAAUCAUCACGGUACCAUACCUGAAACCGGGAGAUCAAGGCACCAUAUCUGUGCGUUUUCAAAUUCCAAAUGAGCCAGGCAGAUACGAAUGUUACUGGCAAUUCAUGCACAAGGGCCGACGUUUUGGGCACUGGCUCGGCUGCCAAGUCGUCGUCGAUCCUUUCGAUCUGAAAGGAAACAGAUCGGUUUUGGAAACUUCCGGGUCGACGGACAAGUACGCCGCUCAGGACGAGGCAGAGGGUGCUGUUUCCGCUCCAGAGGACCUCAUACAAUAUUGCCGCGACAUGAGCUUGAAAGACGCCAUGAAGGAAUUCACCCGCGACUACGCUAACGAAAUCGUUAAGUCUAAACCAGCAAAGAAGAACCAGAUUAAGUUCGAAGACGAAGACCUAGACGAAGAGGGAGGGUCCCUCUUGAACGUUUUGGACGGUUUGAACGUCGAACGCAACACGAUCGCGAGUUCAGACUCCGAUAACCAGAGUAUCUUGUCGUUCGACGGUAGCAACUGUUCCACUAGGCCCGGGGAAGAGUUCGUUAUGGUACCGGUGCCCGACUGUUUUAACGUGGACAGUCCGACAAUGGUUCACGUCACUGGUGACCUUUUGGGGGUUGGAAAAAAAGAUGCGGAAGGAAAAGACGGGAAUUACGACAACAAUAAUAACACGGAGAGUGGUAACAAAAACAUUGUGUAUCUUGAAUACACAACGAAACGCGAAGAAGGAGGCGAAAACGUGAAAACGGUAGUCGGUUUUUCUGAAUCCGGAGAUAAUUCGACUCAAUGCAAAGAAGAUUUCAUGUUCAUACACGUCGACGGUCAAAAAGUGCUUGUACCGAAAAACAUACUGAAUUCAGAGGUUAUAAGCAGGGCCCAAUUGCUCCGUAACGCCGCUACCCCGAAGACAACGGAAAUCUCUCCAGCCGUCGAACCAGAAAACCCGCUUCCAUACGUCCAACCGCUCCAACCCACCACCAGCGCCACCAUUCAACAGGACAGCCAACAACCGGAUCAGUCGGAAGCAAAUCCCGAAACCGACUACAUGUCCCAUUGUUCCGCGGCCGGAUCGUGUUUCUCUUACGUCAACAGCGAAGCCGAAAGGACCAACAGGCUGUUCAUUUUCCCGAAGGAUUGUCCCGGUUACGAGGUCGUUUAUCCGGUGAUAGAAAGAGACGAAUCGGGCGAACCGAUUGUUCCGGACAUGAGCACGUCGUCGUCGGUACCGGCGCGCCCGGAGGAUCCGGCUCCCGGAGCGAACAUCGUCCACAUCCCGAACUUUCAACAGACUCCGCCUGAAAUGCGGACCUCCCCGACUCCCACGACCACACCCAGCGCCCCCCAACAACCCGCCGAAACGGUCGCGCAGAGUGUUCCUUCCAAGUCGCACGACCAACAACCUCACUUGUCCCAGCCACGCCCACCGCACACAGUACAAGAGACUAUUAUGACGGGGGCGGCGAGCGCCGCCUCCUCUGCGAUCAACACGGCGCGAUCCGUGAUUAAUAAUAUAAUGAGGCCGCAGUCGCCCGGGACGUGGAUAAAUGGACAUUGGGUUAACAGCACUCCUCAGUCGGAACGUGAAACGAAGCUCCAGAUUUUGGAGGAGAUGGGUUUCUGGAACAGGGAUCUUAACGCCACCUUGCUCGCUCGGUUCAAUGACGAUGUACCCCGGGUUGUGGCAGAACUCGUUCAGUAGAGACGCGAAUUGAUCUUUCUAUCCCUUUUAUUGGAUUUAUUAGAUGAGUUUUUAUAGGUAGUAGUAUAUAUACGAGGGUAAAUUGAUGUGUUAAAGACAUUAGUUAUAGGCACAAGUUCUUUUUGGUUAUUGGGUAAUUCUCUUCUAGAGACUUCGCAAUUGUACACAAUCCGCAUUUACAGAAAAUAUUUGAGUAACACGACGUUGACAUAUAGGUGUAGUUUAUUGCUUGGAAAAUCUUAUGUCACAGUCACAGGUGGUAGUCGAGAUUUUCUUUGCCUAUAAAAAGGUUUUAAUUUUCAUUUAAUGAUCUAGUUAUAUAUAGACAUACCUAACCUUAAUGUGAUAAUCUUGUGUAUUGAAUGGAUUAUAUUUGUUCGAAAUGA